UACUUUCCUCAGCUUUUUGUAUUUAUGUCAGCUCCAUGGGAAGAAAUCAGUAUUUGUAUUUAUUGAUUUACUGGUUUUAUUUCCCAGUUCACCAUAGCGAAUGAGGAGAAUCUGCCGCUCACAGAGAGACUGGGAGCUGGUUAAUCAAUGUAGAUAUGGUUAAUAAGUUAAAAACACAUAUUCACCUUAUUCAGCCCCGCCCAUUUUUAAAAUGUCUUGGCUUCCGCUUUGUCUUUAAACUUCCGGUCGGCUAGCUACGGCUAGUUAGCUACGUUGAAAACCCCGGCAAAUAAGCAUGGAGAGGCUAACGUGGGAAGAGACGAAAAGCAGCAUAAAAAGAUCGGAUGGUGGGAUUAUACUUCGCCACCCGAAGCUAAUGAACUCCACUGAGUGGGUAGAUGACAUGCGGCGGUGGCCUCAAGUGUCAUAUGGGGAUAUUUUUAAUUAUUUUGUGCUAUUGAUGGGUGUCGAUGGGGCGGCCAUGAAAAAUUACAAGAGCACAGAGGCGUAUAAAUAUCUGCACAGUGGAAAGGUCGGUCGUGUUUUGCCUUUUGAGGUUGAGGAAUAUGUUUUUAUGAAAGCUGAAGUUAACCCCAGUCAGGCAAGCACACCAAGCCACAGCACAUGGGUGUUAACUAGGACCGAUGGAGCCGUGGAGACAACCGGGUGCACCUGUAUAGCCGGCAUGGGGAGGUCUUGUAGCCACGCCGCAGCAAUUUUUUGGAAGAGUUGAUGAACCGGUGACCAUUUGUAAGUAGUCUAAUCCCGUCAUGGUUACAAGAACUAAGGUAAGUAAGGACUACAGGUAAGUAACCUGUUAUCAAAGGUAUCAAGAAGCAUACCUUAAAUUGAAUUCUGGUAAGUAUUUAUUUUACUUGGCAUAUGAACAAUAGCCUAUAUGUGUUGGAACUAUACUGUCAGGCCUCUGACUACAUCUAAAAGGUAGGUUAGCUGUUCACUCCCAAUGGAGGGUCUGGCAUGGGUUGUCAAUAUUCAUGGAAUAUGGUAUUGGAUUAAUAUAUUUUCUAGCAUUUGCAGUCACUGAGGGGCUUUUUUUUUUAUCUUGGAGGAAUAUCAAAAUAAUAACAAAACCAACUGGACAUCAUAAAAAUGUGUGCAAACAUGUCGUAUGCUUACUGCUAAUCAAGGUAAGGUCAUGAAUAAUAUUGAUAAUCAAUUGGUAAAAUAAUUUGGGUAUAGUCACUUCAUUGGGUUGUGAUCAUAACUAUUGAUAGCUAUUUAUAACUAUGCAUUGUAAUUCAUGGUUUUAGGUGGAAAAUGCAGUGUCCAAUGGCCUGACAGGAGUUGCCAGUACUGAUGAGCAGCGGCGAUGGAAUAGCGGGACCCAAAGGAACAUCACACCGAAGCUGCUGACGGAGAUUUCCUUUACCCACCAUAGAGCCAGUGAUGCAUUCCAAGCAUGUGAUGUAGUGCCCCACCAUCUACCUCUACCUCCCACCCCACUUUUCCAGACUCAAGAGGCUUUUUGUAAUGGAUUGAAACAUUUGAAGCUGCCCACGUCAAGUCUGUUGUACAAGUGUGUAAAUGCUGAAACACCUGCCAUGAACCUCCAGGAGCCUGCAGCAGCAACCCAUGCAGAGCACGAUGGCUCCAACAUCUGCCCUCGCUGCUCUGCUUUUUAUGAGACCUUUGUGGCAAUAGACGCUGUGAGACUGGAGCUGCUGACUCAGGAGCAGAGUGUGUCUCACCUCUGGCAUGACUCUCGCAGAUUGAGAAUAACUGCCAGCUCUGCCAAGAAGGUGCAAGUCAGAAGCAGCCCCAAAGUCUUCUUAAAGCAACAUGUCUUCCCACGUUUUCAUGGAAAUGCUGCUACCAGGCAUGGUGUGGACGGUGAGGUGUUGGCCAUGAAAUGGCUGGAAGGCGGUGGCUACAGUGUAACACGCCAUGGCACAGUUUUGUGUCCUGGAGAGCCCUGGCUGUCAGCCAGCCCAGAUGGGGUUUUGAGUUCAGGGGAGCUGCUAGAAAUCAAAUGUCCUUUCCUAAAAGCAAACGAAACACUGGAUGAAUUAAUGGGGAGUCAAAAAUAUGAUGUCAAGAUUGUCGAGGGUAUUCCUAUGUUACAGCCUAAUGGCCCCCGUGGCUUCUACAUCCAAAUUCAAAUUGGCUUGUUCUGUACAAAGUUAAAGGCAUGCAAGUUACUGAUUUGGUCUCAUUCAAAACAGGUGAUGCUUCACAUCCCCUAUGAUGAGGCUUUCUGUGCGAAGACUGUGGCUAGACUGAGAGGAUUCUAUUUCAGAGACAUGCUUCCUUUUGUUUCAGAUGAGUAUAGUGAAGGUCGCCUGUUGCUCUGUGAUCGCUAUAUGCAGUUACGCAAAUGAUCACAUUUGAUUAGGGCUGAAAACGAUUCCUCGAGUAACUCGAAUAAUUUGAUUACUAAAAAUUAGGGCUGUCCCAAACGAUUAUUUUUUUAACUAUUAAUCUAGCGAUUAUGUUUUAAAUUAGUCAACAAAAUCUAACGAUAAAUUUUUCAAUUAGCGAUUAUUUACCCUUUGCUCAAU